GCAUAAAUGGUAGAUCAAAUAUACUAGUUCCAUGUUUUUUUUUUUUUAAUAAAGGAAGGAAUCUCUAGCAUCGUAGGGCCUUACGAUUUGGGGUCCUAAGUGAUUAAUUAUGCGAAUGACGCAAAGGGAAGUGAUCAUUCGGUAGCUGCUAAGAGCCACCUAAAUCGAUUUUUAAAAAUUUAUUUAUCAACUUUCUAUUUUGAGAAAAAGGUUUGGAGCUCUGGUGUGUUAUAUUGAAGCUUUGUUGUUGGAUGAUAUUGGUCAUGUAACUUGAAUGUCAAGAAACAUUUUUAAUUUGGGGCUUAAGUACUAUGUAAUUUUUCAGAAGGUAAGGAAAUGAAAACCAGAGUGCUAGACUUUUUAUUUAUUCUUCUCCUAGUGCUAGGCUUGAUUCUUUUUGUUAGUCACUUUGAUGGGUUAGUUCCAGGGGGGCUUCACCUUCAUUUCUUCAAAUAUUGGGGGAAAAUAGGAAAUAUUUUUGCUCAUCAUUUUAACUUAAGGUAUACCUUCAUCACCUUAACUCAAGGUGUAUCUUAAUUACUAUUCUCAACACAUGAGACGUGUUUAUGGGUAUAACUGUAGUUAAUUCUUUGUUUUGUAUUUGUGAAAACAUAGCACACUGUCAAGUGUUUAAAAGGGUGGUGAGUAAAAAUGCUCUCGGAAAAAUAUAAUAGUUUGUCAAAGCUGAUUUUAUUUACAUGUGUUUCGCUUGAGAUGACCCAAAAUUUAAAAAACUAAAAAACAAAUAAAAACCUGAACAACCCGACAAUUGAAAGAGCAUGUUUUUUUGGAAGGAAUAUGUUGUCCGCCGAAUAUACUAGCUUCAGAAAUUAGGACUUUAGGUACCAACGAAUUUGAUAUAGAAUAUUUGUGUCAUGGGUGACUACGAAAAUUCAACUAGUUUUAUCAUUAUUUUUCUCUUGUUAUGAUAGAAUUUUAAAAGUUUUUUUUUUCUUCCAUUUAUGGAUAAAAUGGUUGACAUUGAGCCAUGAUUAUUUAAUUUCCGUUUAGCUUAUCUUUCAAGAUUAAUCUGAUGCACACCCCUAAAGUUUUGGUUGACAUUUACUAGAUUAAAUUUAAAAUUUAAAAUUGAGAUAAUACAUUACAAAAGUUAGUUUGGUGGUUUCAAGGGGGAGUUGUAUGUAUGGACGGACCAUCUCAAGAACGUAAUCAAUUCAUAAAAUACCGGUAAAUCCGUUAAAACGGGAAGGUAAAUAAACGCCUUAUAAGUUGGGAUUUUCAUUUCAUUUGGAAGAGGAUUCUUCUCAGCCAUUAAUUUACGGCAAUAGACCCGCGCGUAAAUUUCCAGAGAAAGUCUCGUUUUUACCUGUUUAUAUUCUUUUUGAUUUUCUUUUUACGAUUCUAUCCACUUUCUUUCUAUUGGAUCACUCUUGUUUUCCACUAAAUUUUGCGCAUAAAAACCAAACCUUUUUUCGGAAUCAGUCGUUUUAAUACCCAACUCAUUUUUGCCCUUACAUUUUUUUUUUUUUUUGCUUUCUCUGAUUUGUUUCUUGACUUGGUGUGAUUUUUCAGCUCCAGGAUUUUUGGGGCGUCUGUUAUAUUUUCAGUUUCUUUCCCAAAGUUCAAUUUUUGAGUGUGGGUGUGAUUGAGUGGACUGGGAAGAAAGACUGAAGUUUUGAGAUUGGCCCUUGUGCUCAAGUUUUGAUUUUGAUAAGCACAAACAAAUUUUGGGUUGAUUUUCAUUCAUGGGUAUUGUUGAAAUUGUGGGUUGUUUCUCUGUUUUGUGAUUUUGAACUUUGAGUCUUGAGCUAGAGUUGAGAGUUUCGUAAAAAUGGAUUCAAGAAAUGGUACUGAGGGAGUUGAAAAGUCUAGCACCGAAGAGACGGCCUUUGGCUCAAAGGGGAAGGUUGUGGGAGGUACUGAGCAAGAAGUGUUUUUCCGAGCAGAUAAGAUUGAUUUUAAGAGCUGGGAUAUCCAGUUAGAGAAGCACUUGAGCAGGGGCUGGGCAAGGGAGAGUGAAGAACACAAGCAGAUGGAAGAGUGGGAGAUUGAUUUGUCUAAAUUGGAUAUAAGACAUGUCAUUGCUCAUGGAACUUAUGGUACUGUCUACCGUGGUGCCUAUGACGGCCAAGAUGUUGCAGUGAAAAUAUUGGAUUGGGGGGAGGAUGGUAUUGCCACAGCAGCUGAAACUGCUGCUCUUCGGGCGUCGUUUCAGCAAGAAGUUGCUGUUUGGCAUAAGCUUGACCAUCCAAAUAUUCCGAAGUUUGUCGGAGCUUCAAUGGGAACUUCCAAUCUUAGAAUCCCUACUAAAAGCACAUCAAAUGAUAGUCAUAAUUCUCCUCCUUCCAGAGCUUGUUGCGUUGUUGUUGAGUAUGUUCCAGGUGGGACGCUAAAGAACUUUUUGAUCAGGAAUAGAAGAAAGAAACUUGCCUUUAAGGUUGUGAUUCAACUUGCUCUGGAUCUCUCUAAAGGUUUGAGCUAUCUUCACUCAAAGAAAAUUGUACACCGUGAUGUCAAGACAGAAAAUAUGUUGCUAGAUACUCAUAGAACUUUGAAAAUUGCUGAUUUUGGCGUUGCUCGAGUAGAAGCUCAAAAUCCAAGGGACAUGACCGGAGAGACUGGUACCCUUGGGUACAUGGCCCCAGAGGUCCUUGAUGGCAAGCCUUACAACAGGAAAUGUGACGUCUACAGUUUUGGUAUUUGCUUAUGGGAAAUCUAUUGCUGCGACAUGCCUUAUCCUAAUCUAAGUUUUGCUGAUGUCUCAUCUGCAGUAGUGCGACAGAACUUACGACCAGAAAUCCCAAGAUGUUGCCCGACUGCAUUGGCUAGCGUCAUGCGAAAAUGUUGGGAUGUGAGCCCAGAUAAACGCCCUGAGAUGGAAGAGGUGGUGAAGCUGUUGUAUGCCAUAGACACAAGCAAAGGAGGUGGCAUGAUACCUGAAGACCAGUCUAGUGGCUGUUUCUGCUUCGGCAAACGUCGUGGCCCCUGAAAUUUUUCUUCCUUUCAUGUUAUAUAUAGUCUUAUAAAUGUGCAGUACAAAUUAAAGGAAAACAUAAACCAGUUACCAGUUCAGUCUUUGAAUAACCAGAUCACAUCUCUGAAUAAUGCACAAACAGCAUUUUUGAAACCCAUAGUGUUUUUUGUGGUUUCAUUCCCUCUCAUUCUUGCUUCUCCACUCCAUGUACCAAAGAGUGGAGCCUUGGAUAUUUUCAAUGUAAUUAAUUUGGAAUUCAAAUUUUUACUGCACUUUUGCCUAA